CUCAGCUUAGCUGCUGCAUUGGUACACCCAUGUAGCACUUGUGUAAACAUGCCCUGUGUGUGUUUUUGUAGAGACUGCCAAGACUACAGUGAGAUGAUUUGAAAGGAAAAUUCAUUCAACCCACCUACUAGUCUCAAUACCAUUAAUCUUAGAAAAGUGGAAUUAAGUUGACUUGGCUUUGAAAGUCAAAGGUGACAGAGCCUGGUAGAAAUAUAAAGGCAGAGGAAAAAGCCUUUAGCCUGUAAACAAAAUGAUACCCACACAUGUCCAAUGGAGCAAAUUAGCAUUGGCCAGUUCAAGUUCGCUACAUCAAGUGCAAACUUAUAGCUACUCUGCUGUGCAAGGUUUUUAUCUUCCUGAUAUGUAGUUAUUGCUUUACCAUUCUGAAAUGGUAAAUGCUGUUAUAGUAGCAGGAGUGUCACUUGAUUAUUAAACUGAUCUGGAUGAGCAAACACACUGCCUAAGCUAGCAGCACAGGUGUCUCAACUACUCAACACUAAAAAUGUUCCUAGUACAAAAUGUCCAUACCCUGAAAUCUUUCCUACUAGGGAAACUUAACCCUGAUUUUUUUGUGGGGGGGGGGGGGUACUUAAAUGAGCAAGUGGGCCAAUCUCAAAAUGAAGGGAGACUUAUAACUGCAAGGAAAUCCAUAAAGGAAACAGCCAAAAGGUUAAAUGCUCCAUUCAGCCCUGGAAAAUAGGGCUGUACAUACAAUGUAAUUGUUCCUGGGCUCAAAGCACUCAGCAUGUAUAAUGGCCCACGAUACCUGCAAUACUAUAGGUAGGCAAUUUCUUCAGAAGAAGUUUUGACAAUAAAACUUUGUCAAAGGUAGUGGUCUUGGAAAUACCCACUGAUGCAUCAUAAGUAACAUGACUCUUGCAGAAUCCAUUACCUGGUGCCAUCUCUAUGUAAUUGUGAGGUCUGAUGUUUUGAGUCCCUAUGCCCUUUAGAUAAACAACUGGUCCUUCAUGACUGAAGGCCAGAACAGCUGACUAAAUUCAGUAGCACAAUAAGGUUUAAACUAGUGUAAAUAAUGAAUUUUCUGUAACUUGAAGUUUUUAAACCAUGAUUUGAAGACUUUAGUAACUCAGCCAGAGGUUAAGGGUCUAUUAUAGGAGUGGGUGGGUAAGGUUCUCUGCCCUGUGAUGUGUGGGAGUUCAGGCUAGAUGAUCACAAUGGUCCCUGCUUAUCUUAAAGUCUGAGUAGGUAUAAUUCCUUUGGGCUUGCAAAGAAAUGUCCCCUGUCCCAAACCUCCACAUAAUGGUUCCUUAGAAUAUAGACAAUUUCUGAACUGCUUGUAUUUCUUUUGCAAUAUUCUCCAAUGGAAAGUUAUAUGCAUUCAAGUGUCUUCUAGCUCAAUAGAAACACUCUAUUCCCUACCCAGUUGGUCAAAAAGAGAAUAAUCUCUCACUCUUUGCUAGGGAAAUACUGCAACAAAAGACAACCUAAAUAUUCAUACAGACUUACUUUCCCACCGUGGUUUCAAUGAACUCUAGAGCAUGUACCAUAAGUCAACAUUAGCUAUGGCCUAUCAUUGGCAUGCUCUGUGGGUAUUGCGUUUGUGCUUCUGGUAAUAAAUGACACAGGGAACAAAUAGACUCCAAAUUCAGUCCCAGCAGUUUCUUCCAACUAGCUAAAAAAGCUAGAAGCAUGCAUGCUAUCCUGCAAUUUACAUGUGCGCUAUGCAUUUUAGAAGCCACCACCUUGGUUUCAGGAGGGAUGAGAAGCUCUUCAAAGAAAGUUUUGCAUAGGAGGACAAGAGAACCUAAUGCUCCAUCUCCGAUAGACUGUAAACUGAGCCACUGGAGUGAAUGGGGACCAUGUGACCCAUGCGCAAAUCUAAAGUUUCGCUCUAGAAGUGUUCAGCAAUUUGGACAGUUUCGUGGGAAACGGUGCCUGGAAUCACUGGGAAACUCACAAAGCUGUAAAACCAGCAUAGCCUGUCCAGAAGAGCAAGAAAUCGAUUGUGGAGCUGACUUCAGAUGUGAUUCAGGUCGAUGUAUAAAGAAGAGGCUUGUGUGUAAUGUGGACAAUGACUGUGGAGACUUUUCUGAUGAAAGUAACUGUGAAAGAGAUCCAAAAUCACCAUGUCGUGACCCGGAUAUUGAAGUGUCAGAGAUUGGAAGGACUGCUGGACAAGGAAUCAGCAUUCUAGGGAUGCAGCCAAUGGCAAGCCCAUUUGAAAAUGAGUAUUUUAAUGGUCUGUGUGAUCGAGUGCGUGAUGGGAAUACCAGGACCUAUUACCGCAAGCCAUGGAAUGUUGCUUUUCUCAACUAUGAUACAAAAGCAGACAAAAGAUUCACAACUGAGUUCUUCUAUGAUCGUGUGACAAUGAUAAAAGAGAUUUACAAAGAAAAACAAGAACAUUUCUCGGUUUCCAUGUCAGUAAAAUACACACCUACUGAAGAGAGUCAGGGCACAUCUGUAAAUGCCUCUCUUGGCUACCAGUUUUCAAGGAAUGAAAGUCUAAAUUAUAUCUUGCGGUACUCCAAAGAAAGGAAACAAACUUUUAUGCAUGUCAAAGGAAAAAUACAACUGGGAAGAUUCCAAAUGCGAAGUCGUGAUGUCCGGCUAACAGAUGCUUUCCUUGAAGAUUUGAAGUUUCUGCCCACUGAAUAUGACAAGGGGGAAUAUUUUAGAUUUCUAGAAAUGUAUGGAACACAUUAUGCUGUCUCUGGGACUGUGGGAGGAAAAUACGAACUUCUGUAUGUGUUGGAUAAUUAUGCCAUGAGUUUAAAAGAAGUCACGGUAGAAGAUGUUAAGGAAUGUCUGGGUUACCAUUUAGAUGUCAGUCUAGUAAAUAAAGAGUUGGAUUUCAAAGGUGGUCUAAAAGGUGGUAAAUGUGAAAGCAUCAACGUGAAAUCAAAUUACACUCAUGAUGAUGAUGCAGUUAUUGAUGACAUCAUUUCUUUGGUUGAGGGAGGGAAGAUUGAUUUUUCUGUUAAAAUAAAAGAAAUGCUACUAAGGAAUGCCAAAGUGGUUGAUGUAGAGGAUUAUAUACAGUGGGCUACCUCACUGAUUGAUGCUCCAGUGGUAAUACAGCAGAAGCCAUCUCCAAUACAUACUCUUGUUCCAGUAAAAAUGAAAGAUGCACAUAUAAAGAAACAGAAUUUGGAAAGAGCCAUUGAGGACUACAUUACAGAGUACAGUGUGUGCAAAUGCGAACCCUGCAAAAAUGGUGGUACCUUGUUGCUGGUGGAUGGAGAGUGCGUGUGCCUAUGUUCCAGCUAUUUUAAGGGAGAUGCCUGCCAAAUCCCCAAAUCAAGAGAUGAAGAUAAAAAGGUCACUGAUGGGGGCUGGAGCUGUUGGACUGCUUGGUCUCACUGCGUGCAAGGAGAACACACUCGCACUCGUCAGUGUAAUAAUCCUACUCCAGGACCAGGGGGCAGGCCAUGCCAAGGUGACAGCAUUGAAAAAAGCUACUGUUCUCAGGCAAAAUAAUUGUACAAGUCUGAAAAAGGUAUCUAUUAUGAAAACAAUACAGCCUUCAAAGGCAUGCACGAACUCUGCAAUUAUUCUACCACUCAAGCUUCCUGUUGGCAGAAGGAUUGGAAUUGUAAGCUUCGUGAAUGCCUAUAGCUUAAACAAUUGCUAAUCAAAACCAAAAUAAGAGGAAAAAUAAACAUG